GCCUCUGAAGAAGGCGCGCAGCCCAGGGAGGCCGGCCGAUGCAACCCGCGGCGAGGCGUUCCAUGUGCUCCACGCCCAGCUCCGCGGCGUCGCCUGGGCCUUCGGCUUCGGUGCCGACCCUGCGGGCGUCCGGAGGAUGCGGCAGUCGCUCCAGGAGCACCUGCGCGAGGAGCCGAUCGCCGCUGCUGCCAGGGGCGUCGACGUGCGGCUGCUCAGGUCCCUGCUGGGCGCCUGGUUCUCGGGCGGCGCCGCACCGGCGAGGGCCGAGGGCCCCGCCGCGGCGGGCGCCGCGGAGGCGGAGGCCCGUCGCCGAGCGCGCUCCGCGACCCGCAGAGUACGGGUGAGGCACGCGCUCUCGGGUGCCGAGGCGGUGGUGCACGUCCCUGGUGCGGCGACGAUGCUGGAGGUCAAGGGGGCGCUCGCCCAGCAGCUGGGCCGCGCCGAGAUCCUCCGCAGCACGCGGCUUGUCAGGGCCCACCGAGGAGCCGCGAUGGUCGCCUACGAGGACGGGGAGCCGCUCGGCGGCCGGACCCGCCUGCUGGCCCUGGGCCCCGACCUGGCGCGCAGCGGGAGCCCGGCGCGCGGGGGCUCCGCCGAGGGCCCUCGGGACAGCGGUGGCGCCCGCGGCCAGUGCGCCGCGGGGGGUGCCCUCGGCAAGCGGCGGAGGCUGCCGCCCAGAGCCGGGGCGGAAGGGGAAGCGAGCUUGGGCUCCGCGCUGCCCCGGGAGCAGGGUGGGCUCACGCUGGAGCGCGCUCACGAGCUGCUCGGGAGGAUGCGCGCGACUUGCGAGGACCCCGAGUUCCAGGGCCAGCUGAUGCAGCUCUUCCGGCAGCAGAGGGGCGACCGCUUCAACACCAGGGGCAUCGGCUUCCUGUUCGCCGAGGCCUGCAGGCCGCACGUGAUCGGGGCCGGCUUCCCAGACGACGGGCAGGGCUUCGGCCAGAUGUUCCGUGCCGUCCGCCUGCUGGGCUCCGAUCCCACGGUCGUCCGCGAGACAGCGCGCAGAUCGAAUACCUGCUGUGGGUGCCGCUGGGCUCGUGGUUCGGGCUCGCGCGGCGGGCGGGCGCCGCGGAGCUGGGGCUCCCCGGGGCGAGGGGGCUGGCGAAGGCCCUCCACGGCAGGUGCCGUCGGCCCGAGGUGCUGGCGCAGCUGCGGCAGGCCACCGCCGCGGACGAGCUCGGGGGCACCGCGGCCCCGGCCAGCGCGCGGCGCGCGCCGCUGCCGAGGGCGCUGCGCUCCUGGCACGGGCUGGGCCGCCACGGGGAGCUGGAUCCCGAGGAGUUGAAGAGGCAGGUGUGGUGGGGUGCGACUGCCGACGUGAUGGUUGAGUUCGGAUUCGACUGGGACGUCGCAGGCUACCAGCAGAUGUGUGCAGCCCUCGCACGGUAUCGGGACGACGCUGUCGUUCACUAUGCGCUGGCCAGCGUGGAGAGGAUCUUCUCUUGGCCAAGCGGCACGCUCUUCUCUGGCGAAGGGGAGUACGAGGCGGCACCGGCAACAAACGCAGCUGCAGCGGUGUGCAUGCGAGGCUCGACGGUGCGGGUGCUGGUGAGGCACGCCCUGAACAAGACUGAGAUCUGCAUCGCCGUGGCGGCCACGUCAACCAUGCGCGACGUGCGGCAGGCCGUCGCGUGCCAGCUCGGGCGCAGCGACGUGGUCGAGGCCGGGAGGCUGGUGCGGCCCACGGGGCGGGCGUUCGUGUCCUACCGGGACGGCGAGCCCCUGGGCAGGCGGCGCAGGCUCCUCUUCCUGGGCCCAGACCUCGCGGCCGCACGGCCGCCGGCCGUGGCGGUGCUGCCUCUCCAGAGGGCCCAGCACCUCAUGCAAGAGCUCGCCAGGAUCUGCAGCGGGGCCGACUUCCAGAGACAGGUGGACGCCGCUCACCGCAGCAGGCGCGACGAGCCCACGAUCAAGAAGAUCAAGGGCUUUCUGUUCGUUGCGGAGUGCGGGAAGGCUCUUGAGAGCGUUGGCAUCUCGGGAGACCGGGCCGGCUUUUGCCUCAUGUUCGGCGCGGUCUACGAGCUGCGCUCAGACCCGCAGGUUGCCAGCCUGGCGCGCGAGGUCGAGGGCUCCCUCCGUGUGAAGCCGGGGUCCUGGCUCUGCUUCCCAGAGGCCGAGGGCUCCGAGAGCAGGGAGCUCCUGGCGCAAGAAGCGCUGGUGCUCGCCCGCGGCACCAGUGCCUGGAGCGACCCUCCCUCGACGCGCUCGCGGGCCCGCGCGAGGGACCCCGGCCGCAGGUGCGGGCCGGGCGACGCUGUGGCAGACGGCCCGCGCGUCCUCGCCGGGCCGCCGCAGCGCUCGGCCAGAGCGGUCGACCGCGAGGGCGCGCGGACGUCGCCGCGGGGCGGCACGGCGCGCCCCGCGGGCGCCGGAGCCGUCGCCGCGGAGCACAUGGCCCGGGCGGAGGCCAGGCGGCCGGGGGAGGCCGGGCCGGAGCGGAGGUCGGCGCGCCCCCGGGUGGAGGCCGGCGGUGGGCCGGGCGAGCCGCAGGCGGCGGCAGCGGCGACGAGCCAGCCGUGGGCGGCGGGGGCGAAAGGUGAGCUUCGCGAGCCUCGGGGGCAGGCGCCCCGGGGGCAGCGGGCCGGGGCGGGAGCAGAGAGUCCAGCAGGCGGCGCGCUCGACGGUCGCAGCCAGCGAGCAGACGAGCGGGGCAGGCACGACUGUGCCGACUCGCCUGUCGGCCGGGGUGGUGCCACGGGCGUGGGCUCGGACGGGGAAGGGUUCGAACGCAUCCUGAGCGGCAGCGCAGACAGCAUCGACAGCAGCGGUGCUGGUCGUAAGGGGCACCGCGCCGGGCACGAUGUUCCUCUCUGGGAGGGGUUCGCGCCGGUGGAGCGUUUGCCGCGAGCUCGGGAGCGGGCACUACAAGGGUGGCUGCUUCUGUCCGAGGAUGCCCAGGACGCGGUCCCUCAAGCUGACAGCGGCAGUGGCAGCAGAGCCGCGUCGGAGAGCACGGACUCAGAUUUGGAGGAGGCCUCGCGGGUUAUCCAGGAGGUGACCGGGCAACUGGUCGGCCUGGCCGAACAGCUGGUUGUCUCGCCAGCAAGGCAGAAGCGGGAGAUCUUGGCGCGCAAGCGGGAGCUUGUGAAUUCUGCAAGGUACCAGGCCGCGCUACGGUGCAUCGCGCAGCCACAGGACAGCCGGUCGUCCGCUCAGCUUUGCGAUGCAGCAGUCGCAGUCACCCGCAAGCAGCUUCCGCGGCCGAAGGAAGGAUCGGACGGAUGA